CCGCGCAGGCGGGCGGCGGGCGCGAUGGCCCAGCAGGGGGAGCAGCAGCGCCGCUCCAAGCGGCUGCGGCUGGCGGAGCCGGGCGCCGAGGAGGAGGAUGCCGCGGGGGCCGCGCCGCCCGCCCCGUCGGCCUCGAGCGGGCAGGCGCCGGCGGCGGCUGCCUCAGCGGCGGAGGGCGCGGUGGUGGCCGAGGCGGACGCGGAGCAGCAGGCGGUGGCGCCCGCGGAGGCCGAGGAGCCCGGCAUCACCAGGCUCGAGAGGCUCGCGCAGCCAGUGGACCACAUGGGCGCCGGUCUGUCCAAGGCGGACCUCAAGAGCCUCGUGGAGCACGGCAUCCACUGCGUGGAGACCAUCGCUUUCAUGCCGAUGCGGAAGCUGCUGGACGUCCAGGGCAUCGGAGAGGCGAAGGCCAAGAGGAUAAUGACCGCCGCCAAAAAGCUCGUGCCCAUGCGGAUGGUCAGCGCGGCGGAGAUGCUGGCGAUCAGGAAGAACAUGAUACAGCUCUCCACCGGUUCCGCGCAGCUCGACGGGUUGUUGGAUGGCGGCGUCGAGACGGGGCAGAUCACGGACAUCAACGCUGUUUGGGGGAGGGACACACAACAUUUUAGACAACCCAUUUUGGUUUCGGUAUUUCCCGUUCCUUUUAUUGCUGUCCCCUCGUCUUCCGCUGUUUACCUCACUCCUCGGCUUCACACAUAUUCGACCGCACCGUUCACCUAGCGCUAUGUACUCUCGAGAGUUGGCGGCCAUACGCAGAUACUAGGUGCGCCAAGGUCCUGGGUUGAAUACAUGCACGUUUGUUUUAGUUGCUGCCAACAUUGCGCAGCUCAUAUGUGUCCUGAGCUUUUUUGGGGUCGAGUUGCUGGAAG